AUGCAUUGCGAUCUCUGUUGGGAUAAUGUGUUAAAGUCCAUAGAUCGAGACAGUUGGUUCAUUAUUGAUUUUGAUGAUGCAUGCCAUGCUCCUUCAAAUAUUCCUAACACACAAUUAGCUAAAGAAAGUCAUGCACCUGAGAUUUUUGAAUUCCAUCACAAUGAGAAUGUUGAUAUUUGGUCUGUUGGACCAACAGCCAAAGAUGCUUUGCGGUGGCUUUGGAGCAAAUAUAGAGAUGUUCUUGAGGAUUUUUUGAAAGAGGAGGAAAUGGAAGAAUCAUAA